AUGCCUUAUGUGGAUCGGCAGAACCGAAUCUGUGGGUUUCUGGACAUCGAGGAGAAUGAGAACAGCGGCAAGUUUCUGCGAAGGUACUUUAUUUUGGACACCCAGGCCAACUGCCUUCUCUGGUACAUGGACAACCCCCAGAACCUGGCAAUUGGGGCAGGAGCCGUUGGAUCUUUGCAGCUGACCUACAUCUCGAAGGUGAGCGUAGCUACCCCAAAGCAGAAACCCAAAACUCCAUUUUGCUUUGUCAUCAAUGCCCUCUCUCAGAAGUAUUUUCUUCAAGCUAAUGACCAGAAAGACCUUCAGGACUGGGUUGAAGCCCUGAACCAAGCCAGCAAGAUCACUGUACCCAAAGGUGGGAGCCUGCCCUUGGCAACUGAAGUUAUCAAGAGCCCAGCAGUUACCGUGGGCCUGGAGAAGAAGCCACAGGUGGCCUACAAGACAGAGAUCAUUGGAGGGGUGGUGGUACACACACCCAUCAAUCAGAAUGGUGGGGAUGGGCAGGAAGGGAAUGAGCCAGGGUCCCACGCCAUCCUCCGAAGGUCUCAGAGUUACAUCCCUACAACAGGCUGCCGUGCUUCCACUGGGCCUCCCCUCAUUAAGAGUGGCUACUGUGUGAAGCAAGGGAAUGUGCGGAAGAGCUGGAAACGUCGCUUCUUUGCCCUGGAUAACUUUAGCAUCUGCUACUUCAAGUGUGAACAGGACCGAGAGCCACUGCGUACUAUAUUUCUGAAGGAUGUUGUCAAGACCCAUGAGUGUCUGGUCAAGUCUGGCGAUCUCUUAAUGAGAGACAACCUGUUUGAAAUAAUAACAAACUCCAGGACCUUCUAUGUACAGGCUGACAGUCCUGAAGACAUGCACAGCUGGAUUAAGGAGAUUGGGGCAGCUGUCCAGGCCCUCAAGUGCCAUCCCAGAGAAACCGCCUUUUCUAGAUCAAUUUCUUUGACUCGACCCGGAAGCUCCAGUCUUUCAGGUGGACCAAACUCUGUUUUGUACAGAGGGCGGCCACCUGUGGAAGAGAAAAAAACCCUCUGCAAAGCCCCCUCCGUGGCCUCAUCUUGGCAACCAUGGACACCUGUCCCCCAGGCUGGGGAAAAGCUGCUUCCAGCUGAAGAGACUCCCGAGGACUCUUUGUUCAUGCCUCGACUUGGGGAGAGCAAUGCUGCUGGAAUGUUGGCAAGCUCCCGGAUAAGGCAUCGAUCGGAGCCCCAGCACCCUAAGGAGAAACCAUUCAUGUUCAACCUUGAUGAUGAAAAUAUACGGACCUCUGAUGUGUGA